AUGUAUUGGUAUCGGGUGUUCUCUCGAUCUGCUCUUCUUGGUGUCUUAUGUUUUGCUAAGCGCCUUCUAAUGGAAUAUCUGCAAGCUGGACCCCCACGAUUACCAAUAAGCAACCAAGGACAGUCGCGAGACAAUACCACAAGCGGGAGAUAUGCCGCUAUUGAUAUUAAUAACGUGGGUCGCUGGAACGGUUUCAAUCUGGGGAAUAUUCUGAACCAGUACGGGCCUCUCCUCACCGGGGCCAUGAUACAACGUGAGCCCAUGCCGACAUCUCCUCCGCAGCCAAUUACUUCAGAGACUAGCCUUCGACAACGAUUCACAUUGUAUUUGGACUCCAGGAUUAGACGCGGGCUUCGUGUGGGCUUUCAACAUCUUGGUAUGCAGAAUAGUCUUGGUAAUCGCACGAUUGUAUCAUUUGGCGAGGGGAAUCUCGCCCAAACAGUGGAAAAUUUCAUACCCGAUACCGCAUAUUUCGCAACGGACCUUCCAGAAUCUACGAGACCGAAUCGUGCCCCAGGAGACCUCAAGCCAUCAUACAAAUGGUCUUCGGAUUUGCGAAAUGGGCCUACUCAGAGAGAUAGAAAAGAGUUUAAACAGGCAUUGUCCCAGGUCAACUGGUACAUGAAGCAGCAUCGCGCUCGUUAUGGUUUUAUUCUCACCGAUCGUGAACUUGUCGCCAUUCGCAGGCUUGAUAAUUACGGCAAUCUAGAACUUUCAGAUUCCAUACCUUGGAUUGCGCGUGGUAGUGUAUCCCAACCGCAGUUGACGGUUCUGCUAGCACUGUGGUACUUGGGAAUGCUUUCUUCCGAUAACCAGUGGUGGAGCUUAUAG